AAACCCCACCCAACACAGUCACUCCUUUCCAGACUACUCUGCGCGACGGUGUGCAAUGGAGGAGGUCUUUUGACGUCUCUCUGGGCGAAACUUUAUACAUCUGUGAUUCAACUUCAAGCAGUUGCUCUGCAGACCCAAUAACAAAGGAUCAUGGCGGCAACACUCCUGAUGACACUAUGUUGCAUCCUGUGGUCGAAUGCAGCAGUGCACAGCCAGUCUCUAUCAUCGACGGGCAUCAUCCAAGCGUCUCCUGCUGUUGCUACAGGUCUGUCUGAAACCAUCGUUCCUACUCAGUCACUUCAGGGUUCUGUUGCGCCAGUAUCUGUGUCACCCACCGGUAGCACAGCAGUACCAGGUGUAAUGGCAUCCUCUCAGGCAGCACAGCAGUCCGGAGCUCUAGCGAGUACUGCAGCUGCACCGGGAACAGUUGUAGCUACGCAGUCAUUACAACCAGUCGUACCACCAGCCAGCAGUGUAGCUGCACCAAUAACAGUUACAACUACUCAAACAAUUCAAAUGUCUGCACCACCAGCAAGUGUUGUGGCUCCACCACCAACAGUGGCACCUACCCAGUCAAUUCAAAUGUCUGCACCACCAGCAAGUGUUGUGGCUCCUCCACCAACAGUUGUCCCUACUCAGUCACAUCGCAUGUCUGCACCACCAGCAAGUGUUGUGGCUCCACCACCAACAGUGGCUCCUACCCAGUCAAUUCAAAUGUCUGCACCACCAGCAAGUGUUGUGGCUCCACCACCAACAGUUGUCCCUACUCAGUCACAUCGCAUGUCUGUACCACCAGCAAGUGUUGUAGCUCCACCACCAACAGUGGCUCCUACUCAGUCACAUCGCAUGUCUGCACCACCAGCAAGUGUUGUGGCUCCACCACCAACAGUGGCUCCUACUCAGUCACAUCGCAUGUCUGUACCACCAGCAAGUGUUGUGGCUCCACCACCCACAGUUGUCCCUACUCAGUCACAUCGCAUGUCUGCACCACCAGCAAGUGUUGUGGCUCCACCACCAACAGUUGUCCCUACUCAGUCACAUCGCAUGUCUGCACCACCAGCAAGUGUUGUGGCUCCACCACCAACAGUUGUCCCUACUCAGUCACAUCGCAUGUCUGCACCACCAGCAAGCGUUGUGGCUCCACCACCCACAGUUGUCCCUACUCAGUCACAUCGCAUGUCUGCACCACCAGCAAGUGUUGUACCUCCACCAACAGUGGCUCCUACUCAGUCACAUCGCAUGUCUGCACCACCAGCAAGUGUUGUGGCUCCUCCACCAACAGUUGUCCCUACCCAGUCAAUUCAAAUGUCUGCACCACCAGCAAGUGUUGUGGCUCUACCACCAACAGUUGCCCCUACUCAUUCAAUUCAAAUGUCUGCACCACCAGCAAGUGUUGCGGCUCCUCUACCAACAGUGGCUCCUACUCAGUCACAUCGCAUGUCUGCACCACCACCAAGCAGUGUAGCUGUACGAGGAACAGUUGCAGCCAUUAUAAGUCCCAGUGUUGCAGUUGCACCCACCACAGCUCUACAGGGUUCUAUGGCACCAGGCAGCACAGCAGGUGUGGCAAUAAUGGUCUCACCAACCCAGGCACUGCAAAGUUCUGUAGCAGCUACCAGUGGAACAAUCAUAUCAGCAUCAAGUAAAGUGGAAACAACUCCAGCUCAGUCAACAGCAGCAGCACUGCCAGCAUCUGCAGCAGUAACCAUUCGGCCAAGUGCAACUGCGACGCCUCCAGUCACUGCAUCUGCUGUGGUCACCCCUGCAGCACCCGUGUCCACCGAUAUUGAGUUGACAGCAUUCACUGUUGUUGAAACCAAGCCAUCAGAGUUUUACCCGAAUAACAGUGUGAGCAUGACAUUCACCAUUAGCCUUCGCAACAGUGGAACAAGUGAUGUACAGUCAAAUCCAUCAGGCAACUUCGACUUUGUCGUUUUUCUGUCCAACUCCUCUCAACUGGCCAGUACACCUGCAGCAGGACAGGUCAGCGUUAGCAUUUCUUCUGCUGCGGAUGGAACAACGGGCGUGGCUCAGGGGGGAGUUACUGUUCUCACUGCCCAGACUAACCUAAACACAUUAACUACCAGCAACUGUGCAGAGAUGACUCAUGUCUGCCUUCGGAUGUUGGUGACCGGUAACUUCACAGACACUGAUGCAGCAAACAACCAUCAAUGUCUGGCAUUUGGAAGUGGACAGGUUGGAGCAAAAGACUGCACAAAAUUGGUGGGCUCUUGUUCGGUAACGUGCGACACUAAAGCAUCAUGUCUGCUGCAGUCAGGAUCAGGAGUGGGGGUGUGCACCUGCCAGUCUGGCUACACAGGCAACGGUGCCAGCUGUACUGAUAUCAAUGAAUGUACCAGUAACACUGCCAACUGUGCAGCAGACCGGGUGUGUAGUAACACAGAGGGUUCCUUCUCCUGCGACUGUAAGCCAGGGUUUACAGAUAAUGAUGGAACAUGUGAGGAGACCAAGGCAUACUCAGCAGCUGUCCGCAUCACCAAUGAGGUUUUCGACUCUUCCUUAAAUGACCCCACCUCCACCCGCUUCAGGACUCUCAAGGUCCAAGUCACUACAGUGUUUGAAACCCUGUACACCAAGGCUCUUGGUCCAGAGUUUGUGAGUGUCACAGUGACAAGUUUCACCAAUGGAAGUGUGAUUGCCAAUCAUGUGGUCAACACCAACAAGUCUUCCAACGCCACAGCCAGCAGUAUUGGCAACUCCCUGCAGAACGCCAUCAGCAGCAGCUCCAACCUACCCUUCACUGUGGGCGGUGUGCAGGUGUCAGAUUUGGAUGAGUGUGCCUCAACAACGACCAACGACUGCUCACAGUACGCUAACUGCACCAACACCCCCGGGUCUUUCACUUGUACAUGCCACCAAGGUUUUCAAGACAGGCAGCCUUCCAACCCAGGAAGGACUUGUGGAGCUGAGUGUCCAGCAGACUACUGUAAAAACAGAGGAACGUGCAAACCUGUGGCAGGAGGACUGGCAUGCACAUGUCCGAGUGGUUACAGUGGAGCACGUUGUGAGGAUGAUGGUUCACGAUACAAUCUGACCCUGGGUCUGGGAAUCUUGGUUGGAGUGCUCGCUUCAGUGGUGCUACUGGCAUGCAUGUGCUCUGCCUAUCAGUCAAACAAGAAGAAGAAGUCUGAAGAGUUAUGGGUGCAACCAACAAAGGUGCCAGCCAAGAAAACCCUAAUGCACGAAGGUGUGCCAAGGUUCAACCCUAUUUAUGAUGAGAAUUUUGAGUACACCAACAAGGCAUUUGAGCUGGGGGAAUCUGCCAUGGCACGCCAACCCGUCACCCUACCGAGGUACACCCUCACAGGACCCAGGUACAAGGGAGAUGUACCCACGUACGAUGGUGGAUUUGGCUUAGGCAUCCAUGACAAGCCUGCUGCUAUUUACGAGGUACCACCUGACCAGGGAUACUCGUUUGAUGAUGCAGUCAACCCAACCUAUGCCCUACCUCCUGAGACCAUGAAGAGUGCCAGGGACUUCUUUGCCCAGCCUGCUUCAUACUCUGCAUACAGCCCCUUUAUCAGGCAAGACAGAGCUGCUACAGUUAAGUCAAGCAAGAAUGGAAAGAUCCAGACGGCCACCUUGUCAUUCAAGUGAACACACAAUUCACCGAGGAGGGCACAAGCUGUCACAUGCAGUAAUACUAGGACACAAGGAUGCUGUGUGGCACUAUGGGUAGUAACUGUACAGAUUUCAUAUUUGAAGUACAGAUUUGCUAUUUAAGCACCAACUAAUUUUACUGAAAAGAUGCUGAUUAAUUUUUACUAGGAUAGAAAGUAAUGCAUGUUUACCACUUGCAUUACGUCUUGAAAUGACUGGUUUACAGCUUUUUACAUUGUAGCAAUUCUAAAUGACACAGUUGAUGAUAAAGGUGAAUUCUUUAUCAACCUUCUACCUCAUGAUGUGUUAACUUUUAUACUGGACUCAGGAAAUGUAAAUGUGAUUAUUAAAAACUUAAACUGUUCUCCAACUCCAAAUUAGACUCACCAGAAAUUUUCGACUGAA